GUGAGAGAAAGAGGAGGCGAGACCGAUCCGACGAAUUCGGAGGCUGGGCAAACGGUCGGGUAUAAAACAGUUGAUCGGUGCCGAAGCCAGCAUCAGUCACGCUUAACUUCGCUUUCUGCUCGACACAAGCUGCUAACAUGAAGGUCGCGGUUGUUUUCCUCGCCGUGGUGGUCUGCGCCAUGGCAGCCGAGAAGUACACGACCAAGUACGACAACAUCGACGUAGAUCAGAUCCUGAAGAGCGAUCGUCUGCUGAACAACUACGUAAACUGCCUCCUGGAGCAAGGAAGCUGUACCGCCGACGGCAAGGAGCUUAAAAAAUCGUUGCCGGACGCAUUGGCGACCGAGUGCAGCAAGUGCAGCGAGAAGCAGAAAAUAGGCAGCGACAAGGUUAUCCGGUAUCUGGUUAACGAGCGGCCACAAAUGUGGGAGAAACUGAAGAAGAAGUACGACCCAACCGGCGAGUACACGCACAAAUUCGAGAACGACGCCAAGAAGCGCGGCAUCAACGUUUAAAUAGUUCGAAAAUCAAUGGUGGUCCACCCGCUCGAGGUAUUUUUGUCAUUCGAGGACGCACCACGUUUAAAUUAGACUAAAAUUAUUCACCGAUUCUGGUUCCUUUUUUUUUUUUUUAAAUUGUAUCCGUGUCGAACGAUCGGGAAAUAAAUAUUGCACGGUGUAGUAUCUGAAAAAAAA